AUGAAAGCUUCCGGAUUCAAAUACAUAGGCAAAGGAGACACAGCUCGUUGUGAUGAUUGUGGUCUUGAAGUAUCUCAGUGGACACCUGAUAUGUAUCCACUUACUGUUCAUUCAACUCAAAAACCUGAUUGCCCAUUUAUUCGUUCUUUAAAAUCAUCAAAGUCAUUUAUACACUCUUCAUGUUCUUCUUCUUUCUCCAGUCCUGUUUACACUUGUUCCUCGCCAUCAACAGCUACUGUUAGAAGUGCAUCGAUAUCAAACGAGCAGGAAAAUCCAUCAAAACGUCAGAAGAUUGAGACAAGUCAUGCAAACUUUUAUUCAAAUAAUCUCUUCGAAACUGAUAAACUUCAACAAAUACGAAAGCGAACUUUUUCACAUUGGCCACAUCGUACUAUCCCAUCUCAAGCACAAAUGAUCGAAGCAGGAUUCUUCAAUUGCAACGUCGGUGAUCGAGUAAUAUGCAUUUAUUGUAAUCUCAUCUGCCAGCAAUGGACACCACAUACUGAUGACCCAUGCGAAGUUCAUAAAACUCUUUCUCCAAAUUGUAUGUAUGUUAAAACCAAAUUAAUACGACCAGAAGCAAGAUCAAUAUUAAUCGUUAAUGAAACUACAGUAGGAGCUGCUUCAGGAAGUCAUUCAUCAACUUCAAACAAUAAUGAUCUAUUCCGUUGCAAUGAAUUUGUUCCAACAGCUGCAUGCCAUAAUGCAUAUACAGAAUUACCAAGACGAACUGCAUCAUUUGCAACAUGGCCCAAUGAAAAUUUGCCUUCUGUCGAAGAUCUUGUCCGAGCCGGAUUCUUUUAUACGGGCACUAAAAGUAUUGUAACUUGUUUUUAUUGUAAUGGAUCAUUACAGAAUUGGGGACCAAAUGACAAUCCAAUGAUAGAACAUGCUCGGUGGUUUCCACAUUGUGCUUAUGCCAAACAAUUAUGUGGCGUUGAUCUUUAUCGAAAAAUUCAAGAAUCUAAACGAGCCCAGCAAGAACGUGCCAGAGGGAAUGAAUCAAAAGAGAAAGUAAGCACCAUUGGUAUGACUAGUAGUAAUGCAACUUCAAACAGUCGACAAUUAUUAAUACCUGAUGAAAGUACUUUAUCACGUCUUGUUGCUGCUCGACUUGAUCUACCAAUUUCACAAAGUUUAUUAGCUAAAAAUUUUAAAUUAUCUAUUAUUAAACGUUGUUGGGAAGAUCAACUUCGAUUAAAACAAGAUGAUUUUGUAAGUGAUUCUGAUUUACAUAUGGCUUGUACAAUUCUUCAGAAACAAAUUGAGCGGAUUGAUGGUAAAAAAGAAAAUAUUAUUAUACCAAGUAUAAAAAUGAAAAAAAUUCGAGAAGAUGCUGAAAGAGAAAGAGCAGAAGCUCUUGCUCGUCAACAAGCUCCUCCGAUGCAAACUGUUUCUGCUCUUAGUCAAUUGAUGCCUACUACUUCAUCCAAUAUUCCUGAUGUAGAAAUGAUAACAUCAUCACAGUCACCAACAACUGAAUCAACAUCUUCAAUUCCAUCCUCAUCACAAGAACCAACAACUGUCAAUCAAGAAGAAACAAAGAUAACAAAACCAAUUACUUCCAUUACAAAUGAAAAACAUCAAAUAAGUGAUUCAUCGCCAGUCAAUCCAUGUGUGUUAUGUUUAACAGAAGAAAAACGACUUGCAUGUAUACCUUGUGGCCACUUAGCAACAUGUGUUCCAUGUGGACACUCAUUGCGAUCUUGUCCAAUUUGUCGUCGGGAAAUUGAAGCUUUUGUUAGAAUUUACAUUUAA